AGGUAUGCCACAUCCUCGGUCCCUCGCCCUCCCAGCGUACGGCCCUACCCCCUCUCACCUCCUCUCCAGUCUCCGCGGUGGGCUGGACAUUUAAACUCUCCUAUUCUAAACCCUGGACCUUGUAUCUUCUUAAGCAAACGGCUGUUGUUCAAGAAGGAAGACAAGAUGACAACAUACACUGACAAAGGCGAAAAGCACGAAAAAGGCAAGUUCCUGUGCUUCGAUCACCUGACAUUCUGGGUUGGAAAUGCUAAACAGGCCGCGUCGUUCUACUGUAACAAGCUGGGCUUUGAGCCCGUGGCGUACCAGGGCCUUGAGACGGGCAGGAGAGAUGUGGUUUCCCAUGUGGUCAAACAGGGCAAGAUAUUGUAUGUUUUCUCCUCUGCUCUCAAUCCUGGAAACAAAGAGAUGGGCGAGCAUCUCAUCAAACAUGGAGAUGGGGUGAAGGAUGUUGCGUUUACAGUGGAGGACUGUGACUACCUUGUGCAGAAAGCCCGGGAGCGGGGAGCCCUGGUUGUGAGGGAACCGUACACCAUGGAGGACACUCAGGGCCAGGUGAAGCUGGCUGUGCUCCAAACGUACGGGGACACCACACACACGCUGGUGGAGCGUACGGCAUACAACGGCCUGUUCCUGCCUGGUUUCAAACCGCCGCUGCACAAAGACCCCCUCCUGGCCACGCUGCCGAGCGGGAAGCUGGAUUUCAUCGAUCACGUUGUGGGGAACCAGGGAGACGACGAGAUGGUGCCAGUGGUUGAAUGGUACCAGAGGAACCUUCUCUUCCACCGCUUCUGGUCCGUGGACGACAAGCAGCUGCAGACUGAGUUCAGCGCCCUGCGCUCCAUCGUCGUGGCCAACUAUGAGGAGACUGUGAAGAUGCCAAUCAACGAACCUGCCACUGGGAAACGCAAGUCUCAGAUCCAGGAGUAUGUGGAGUACUACGGCGGUGCAGGAGUCCAGCAUAUCGCCAUGAAUACGUCAGAUAUAAUCACCGCAAUUGUUAACCUGAAGCAGCGCGGGAUGGAGUUCAUGUGUGUACCGGACACGUACUACGAACAGCUGAGAGAGAACCUCAAACACUCCAAGGUCAAGAUCACAGAGGACCUGGAUGUCCUUCAGAACUUGAAAAUCCUGGUGGAUUUCGACGACAACGGAUAUCUGCUGCAGAUCUUCACCAAGCCGGUCCAGGAUCGUCCCACGGUGUUCCUGGAGGUGAUCCAGAGACACAACCACCAGGGCUUCGGCGCAGGAAACUUCAAGUCUCUAUUUGAAGCCAUUGAGGCCGACCAGAAUGCCAGAGGAAACCUGACGAUCCUCACACCCAAUGGCGUCUCAAAGAUCGCUUGAAGCUUGAGUGAACUAUCCCACGUGAUUGUGAUUGAUGCCGAGAGGCUCACCAUUGUGAGCCUGAUAGCCGUUUGUCAAAUGAAGGAUAUUAAUGCACAAGACAUGAGUUUAAUAAUGCCAAAGCAGGAAGGACAUUGUGUUCACCAUAUUAUUCAACGUUACUUGAUGGUAAUUCUUUUUUUUAAAGGACAUGUAAAACUGUUUGCAUUGUAAUGUUUACUGUCCUUCGUUGCAAUAUCCCAUAAUUCCUUUAUAUAAUCAACCAAUGUUCUGGAGCAGUAUGGGUGGCGGCUGACGUCUCGGAGGGGAGUUUGACACAAGCCGCCAUUCGCUCUCUCAAAUGAAAGCAUAAUGAGGUUAAUUUGGAUGCUCCACAAGGGUAGCUAGUGAAUUUAAACAUGACUUUACCCUGUACUGUACUUGCACAUCAUUCAAAAACCACUUCAAGAGGGCGUGUCCACCUAGAUUUAUGCUGGAUAGAUCAGUCGACCAGCCUACCAAGUGGACUGUAGCAAAUGUUGCUUAUCUAUCCAUCAUACAUCUAGCCGUCGGCCCCCACAGGCAGGGGAUCUUCUCGUCUUCGUUGGGGAACUUGUAGUCGUAGGUGAUCUCCUCGCUUACGCCGAUGGUCUGCCUGGAGUAGAUGACGAUGUUCUUCUGGGACUCGACCGUGAUUAUCUUAGCGUAGCAGUUGGGCUGAGGGGCAGAAGGAGAGUUUGGUGUAUCGUACAAUGACCGUUUUGAGUAACUCUUUAAAUAGACCAUUGUUGUCAUGAUAUAACGAAUUGCAUUAUAUAGCAUCGCUUUCUUUACCAUUUAUAAAUAAAAAUACUUG